GGGAGGCUGAGGAGGGAGGAUGGCUUGAGGCCAGAGUUGAAGGAUUCAGAGAUGAUUGCGCAGUGAUGCUAAGCCUGGGCCACAGAGUUGAGACGCUGUCUCUAAAAUUUUUUUUAAUUUAAAUUAUAAAAAGAGAAAUGCUUGUUACAACCACAAAAGGAAACAAGAUAUACACAUAUAAUUGUGGAAGUAAAAAUAAAUAAAAAUGCUUUCGGGUGCUCGCUUUGGCAGCACACAUAUUACAGUUGGAACGAUAGAGAAGAUUUGCAUGGCCCCUGCGCAAGGAUGACAUGCAAAUUCGUGAAGUGUUCCAUAUUUAAAAAAACAAAAAAUACUUUAGGGCCUGGCACUGUGGCUCAUGCCUGUAAUCCAAACACUUUGGGAGGCCAAGGGGGGCGGAUCGCUUGAACCCAGGAGUUGGAGACCAGCCUGGACAACAUGGUGAAAUCCCGUCUCUACAAAAAAAUACAAAAAUUAACCAACUGUGGUGGUGCAUGCCUGUAAUCCAAGGUACUUGGGAGGCUGAAGUGGGAGGAUCUCUUGAGCCGGAAGGUUGGGCCUGGGUAACAGAGACAGACCGUCUCAAAAAAAUUAAAAAAAAAAAACUUUCUGCAAGAUGAAGUGACAAUACCUAGAAAAUACAUGUGAAUUGACCAAAAAUUACUAUAGGUAAAAAUAAAUUUAGCAAAGUUGCUUUCCUAAAUACAACCCAAAAUAGACUGGGAACAGCCACAUACUGUUAAUGGUUCCAUCUAUGUGACAUUCUAGAAAAGGCAGAAGGGGAAAACAUCUGUGGUUGCCCAGGAGCUGGGGGUGGGAGGAGGGAAUUUACUACAAAAAGGCACGAAGAAACUUGUGGGCCAGAGCUAUUUUGGUCUCCGUUAGGUGAUGUAUAUACGUUUGCCAGAGUUCACAGAACUGCACACUGAAGAAACAUGGAUUUCACGAAAUGUGAAUUAUAUCUCAAUAAACUUGACUUUAAAAAACAGAUCGAGAAAAGAUGAUUCUAUUCCCAAAAAGGGGGAGGGGGGAAGAUCAUUAUAUAGGUGAGUGUUCAUUUAAAUCAGAGAACGAGAUUUAUCCGUGAAAAUCACAGUGGAGCGAACAAGGGGGAUGCUGAUACCGACCUCCUGGUUGGAAAGCCUGUAGAGCAGCGCGGAUGACAGUGGGACGGCGGGUCAGGCGGUGGGCGCCGGAGCGAGGGGCUGGAGCUGGGUGGGCGGGCGGAGCAAGCCUGCCAGCCUGGGCGGGGCCUCGGCACAGGAGCUGGCUGCGGGAGCCCGCCGUCCCGAGUCGCAGGCCUAGGAGACAUGGCUGCACCCCGCGACGCUGAGAUACAGAAGGACGUGCAGACCUACUACGGGCAGGUGCUGAAGAGAUCGGCAGACCUCCAGACCAACGCCUGUGUCACCACAGCCAGGCCCGUCCCCAAGCACAUCCGGGAAGCCUUGCAAAAUGUACACGAAGAAGUAGCCCUAAGAUAUUAUGGCUGUGGUCUGGUGAUCCCUGAGCAUCUAGAAAACUGCUGGAUUUUGGAUCUGGGUAGUGGAAGUGGCAGAGAUUGCUAUGUACUUAGCCAGCUGGUUGGUGAAAAGGGACACGUGACUGGAAUAGACAUGACCAAAGGCCAGGUGGAAGUGGCUGAAAAGUAUCUUGACUAUCACAUGGAAAAAUAUGGCUUCCAGGCAUCUAAUGUGACUUUUAUUCAUGGGUACAUUGAGAAGUUGGGAGAGGCUGGAAUCAAGAAUGAGAGCCAUGAUAUUGUUGUAUCAAAUUGUGUUAUUAACCUUGUGCCUGAUAAACAACAAGUGCUUCAAGAGGCAUAUCGGGUGCUGAAGCAUGGUGGGGAGUUAUAUUUCAGUGACGUCUAUACGAACCUUGAACUGCCAGAAGAAAUCAGGACACACAAAGUUUUAUGGGAUGAGUGUCUGGGUGGUGCUUUAUACUGGAAGGAACUUGCUGUCCUUGCUCAAAAAAUUGGGUUCUGCCCUCCACGUUUGGUCACUGCCAAUCUCAUUACAAUUCAAAACAAGGAACUGGAAAGAGUUAUUGGUGACUGUCGUUUUGUUUCUGCAACAUUUCGCCUCUUCAAACACUCUAAGACAGGACCAACCAAGAGAUGCCAAGUUAUUUACAAUGGAGGAAUUACAGGACAUGAAAAAGAACUAAUGUUUGAUGCCAAUUUUACAUUUAAGGAAGGUGAAAUUGUUUUAGUGGAUGAAGAAACAGCAGCUAUCUUGAAGAAUUCAAGAUUUGCUCAAAAUUUUCUGAUCAGACCAAUUGGAGAGAAGUUGCCAACAUCUGGAGGCUGUUCUGCUUUGGAGUUAAAGGAUAUAAUCACAGAUCCAUUUAAGGUUGCAGAAGAGUCUGACAGUAUGAAGUCCAGAUGUGUCCCUGAUGCUGCUGGAGGCUGCUGUGGCACAAAGAAAAGCUGCUAAAUCUAUAGCCAACCAGGGGAGCACAGUAGUGGGCAAGAGUGAUUUGCAUGUUUUUUAACCUGCUUUUCCCCAUAGCACAGACCAUAAGAAACAACAAAUGGGGCCGGGCACGGUGGCUCAUGCCUAUAAUCCCAGCACUUUGGGAGGCCGAGGCAGGCAGAUCACCUGAGGUCAGGAGUUUGAUACCAGCCUGGCCAACAUGGUGAAAUCCUGUCUCUACCAAAAAUACAAAAAAAUUAGCCGGGCAUGGUGGUGCACAGCUAUAGUCUCAGCUACUCGGGAGGCUGAGGCAGGAGAAUUGCUUGAACCCAGGAAGUGGAGGCUGCAGUGAGUCAACAUCAUGCCACUGUACUCCAGCCUGGGCAACAGAGCAAGACUCUGUCUCAAAAGCAAAAAAAAAAAAAAAAAAAAAAAGAAAACAACAAAUGGCAGAGAGCCACCAUAUUCCAAAUCACUGAAAAAAAUAGAUGAAUUAUUUUUAUUUAUUUAUUUAUUUUUUUGAGACGGCGUCUCGGUCUGUUGCCCAGGCUGAAGUGCAGUGGCCCCAUCUCGACUCACUGCAAGCUCCACCUCCUGGGUUCACGCCAUUCUCCUGCCUCAGCCUCCCAAGUAGCUGGGACUACAGGCGCCUACCAGCAUGCCCGGCUAAUUUUUUCUAUUUUUAGUAGAGACGGGGUUUCACCAUGUUUAGCCAGGAUGGUCUUCAUCUCCUGAUCUCGUGAUCCGCCCGCCUGGGCCUCCCAAAGUGCUGGGAUUACAGGCGUGAGCCACCACGCCCGACCAUAAAUGAGUUAUUUUUAAGACGCAUUGAUUAAAGAUUCACAGCAAAUCAUA